AUGUCAGUAGGCGUAAAAGAAAAGACCGAUGGAAAAGAAAAGACCCAACCCUACCCACUCCAAUCAUUAUACCCCUACCCUAGACAAUAUAGUGGCUGUGGCAAACUAUUUGCCCAAGGGCACACUACAGAGUGUACUGCUGCCCACACUAUCAACCAGACAGCAACAACUGCCUUAGAUAAGGGGCUAGCCUUGAACCUUCUUGUUCCUCUCUGGCUUAGUUCUAUCUUCCCAGUUCUCAUCUCGCUUUACAAACCACAAAUCCCACUCAAGAUUGAUUACAUCAACAUAACGCUCACACUAACCGCAUUCUCAGCUGACUGGGAAGGAAUUAAAAUGAAUGACGGACAAAACAGACUCGUUACUGAGAUGAGGGCAAUCUCCCGAAGACGUUCUCUGACUCAUCAAGACUCAUCAGGACUUACGGUGCUCAUAAUGGGAGAAAGUGAGUCAUUACGCACGUCCGAAGCGUCAACAGAUGCACUUCACGCUGCACUGGCGUUCUGCCUCGUCACGUAA